UUACACUCAAGUCUCAACUGUUGCCUGACUCCAACUUUCACGGUGGAUACCGUACUUACACCAAAUGUUUUCUUCAGUUUGGAUGUCAAUUUAAUGAGUUUGAUAAAUCAGCAGCAAUGAUUUUGAAUCUUAACAAGUCUUAAAGAGGCAAAGCCUGGUUAUCGAACAUUGUACAAUGUACUGUGAAAUAAAGUUUUGUCAUAUCACAGAAUUGAGAAUGGAAACAGGGAAUGUGUCAAAGAGACAAGCCCUUGAAGGGCCUUAGCGUUUAAAAUAUUUUUACAGAAAACUAAAAGAUGGAACCUUGUGAGGAGGACUAUACCAGUAUGGCUGCCAGAAGUUUGUUAACCUUGAAUACUAGUACCAGUAAAGGUACACAGGAGAAGACCAGCAAAGAUACACAGGACAAGAAUACCUUACCAGAAAGACCUUCUCAAAAUGCUCAGAUUUACAUUACAUCUCAGAAUGUUAGUCAGAGCGUUCGAGAGAAUGUGAUUGCAGUUCGUAUUGAUCGAUCAGAUGGUAAUCCAAAUGUUCAGAUAAUGAAGUCGGGUCAAAAGGUCACUGAACCUUCAAACAAACCCCAGCCUAAUGUGGAGAUAAUGGAGUUAGGUCAAGAGGUCGCUGAACCUUCAAACAAACCCCAGCCAAAUCUCCAGAUAAUGAAGUCAGAUCAAGAGGUGGCUGGCCGGUCAAACAGACAUAAGCAACAAGUUAUUCCUUCUACAGAAGAGGGGCUUUCUAAACCUAAGAUGAAAAUAGUGGAUUCUUCAGAACACUGCAGUACAAACGAAAAGGAGAUUUUUAGUUCAGUGACAGCAGUUUUUAAAAGAAAACCAAACAUUGGUACAGAGAAAUAUUUAUCUUUAUGUAAAACAUCAAAUGUUAUAGCAGAAUGUCAAAAUGAUGAGAUUAGUGUAACUGGUUCCCUGAAAGGCAUCAAUACAAUGCACAAUCUGUUAAAGGUUCUACACUGUAAUACGAGUACUAUAAAUGGGGAACCUAAUUCUGCAGGUGUUUUAUAUAUAUUUGAGGAUCAGAGUAAACCUUCAGAAGAUAAAAGUUCAACAAUGGACCAUCAAGAUGACAUUUUAGAGCAGCCAAUAAAAGAGGAGGAUGUCAAUGUCAUCAAAGGAUCAGUAUCAAUCAGAUGUUUGGAUUGUAACGAAACCUUUGCAACUCACGAAGAACUUAUAGAACAUUGCAAACGGACACAUAGAAAACAUCCAAGUCCCAAAAUGUUGAAACUGUCAAGUUUUAAAUGUUCUUUCUGCACAAGGGUUUUUCAGAACAGUAAGUUUCUAAAUCAACAUGUGGAAGAAUGCCAUGGUCCAAAUGAAUGUUAUAUAUGUGGGAAGGAGUUUGCACUGAAACGUUACCUUAGUAUGCACAUCAAAAGACAUUCAGACGGAAAUAAAAAGCAUUCCUGUGAAAUAUGUGGAUGGAAAUUUUUAGAACGUUAUAAGUUAAAAUUACACAUGGAGUCACACAAACCAAAAUCAGAGAAAAAUCUCCCCCAUUCCUGUCAUAUAUGUAAAAAACAGUUUUAUAACAAGGCUACGUUAGAUGAUCAUGUAAACACACAUACAGGAAAUAGACCUUUUAAAUGUGAUAUUUGUUGUUGUUCGUUUGCUCACCGUAUUGGACUUAAGCGACAUCUCAUCACACAUGAACCAGUCAAACCUUUUAAAUGUGGAGUUUGUCAAAAGGAGUUUUCAUUCAGAGCCAAAUUAGAUGAACAUUUUAUCACUCAUACAGGAGAAGGGAAAUAUGUAUGUAACAGUUGUGGUAAAAUCUUUACCACUAAAUCAUCUCUCAAACGUCACUCCGACAACUGUUCUAAUAAAACAUUAUCCAACAUUAUAUCAACAUCGGGAAAUAGUGCUGACCCUGUUACAACUGAGACUAAUAGUUCCGAAGCUGUUUUCAUGUGUGGAAUUUGUUCUCUAGUUUUUGAUACUUUGGAAAAAGCAAGUGUACAUGCAGCUUCUCAUGAAACAUAA